AUGCAUGGAACGGAUAGUGCUUUCGCGACGGAGACCGUAUCGGCCUGUACUGGCGUCAAAUCGUUCGAGCUGAAGCCGGACGACAGCCAUGAUUCAGUCGAGGCAUUGAAUCUCGUCAAAACCAUAGAUCUCGGCGGCAAUGAUGAAAACGGAAAGUUCCCGCUCAAUGAAGGGUAUUUCAUCCUGGACCCGGUCCGGUUCGAUCUAGGCUAUGGCGUCUUCAUCAAGGCCGUCGACAAGGCCGUGGGCGCCCGUUCCCUUUUGGAACGGAAGUUCAACAAUAACACCGGCGAUCCAGAUGUCCAGCCACGGGAACGAGCCCGCCACCUUGACAACCAAGUCAUACCAGCGGCGUGCUUCGACGCGUGCAACAACCUCUCCCUUGAGGCCCAGUUAACGGGCAGGAGCCCCGGGCUGUGCAGGCCUGGGUCGGCCUUUAUGUUCUACUACCUCGGCUUCACCGUGGGCUCGAGUUACCUCUCCGAGAAGUCCUCGCAGUUCCUGCGGUACUGCAAGAUGUCUGGCGACAUCGGGAUCGGAGUCUUCGCCGGCGACCACGUCGUCCACAGUCGACGAUGA